GAUGUUAUGAGUUAAUGGGAAUUAUUGAUAUGAUUUUAUUUGUUUAUUAAAAGGAAAAAGGGGAGUUAUGUAUUGAUGAAGACAGGUCUCACAUGGAAGCCAGCUGUGUUCAGCGGGUUGCCAUGGCAACGUAACCUCUCUCUGGAGGAAAAAGGGGGCGUGGCUAAGAUGACAGUUGGAGCAUUUUCCCUUUUAAAAGUUCAGUUGCUGUGAGGGUUUUAAAAGGAGUGGCUGUUAGGGGUUUGAGAAGAAGAGUUGCGGUUAGGUUUUGGAAAGAUUAGGAGCUGGGGAAAUCAGCUAAGGACGGCAGCUUAUGGUCACUCAGGGGAAAGGCUGGGAAUAUAAGCUGACCAGGGGAGUUUAGUAUACUGUGUUGAAGAGAAGUUAUUUAAGAAAUAUCCAUUCAAGAAAGACUACAUUGUAACUUAAGAUCCGGAACGUUUACUGAUUGAAACCAUACGCUUAUGUACCAAAAAUAAACUUGAAUUUUGUUAUUGUUCAUAAAGAUAAGUCUCCUUGCCUCUCUGUAAGCCUGUUACCUCACGUUGGUGGCAGUUACCGUACCUAUCUAUAUAAGUUACCGUACUUUCCUAUAUAAGUUACCAUCUUUACUCAUUUAAACCCAAUCAGUUCCGUUAUCCUUCCUUAUCCACUAAAUCAUCCCUGUCAUACAUUCACACAUCCUCCAUCCCUCCCUCUCACACGUGCACACAUCUCCUGAAUUGGAGGCAGCAGUGGGAUUUAAAGACAAAGAUUUCCCCUGCCUGAGUUGAGUACCACAAAUUGGGCUCUCUUCAAUUGGGGGCAGCGGUGGGAUCAAAAGGAUUCCAUCCCUGUCACCUCAGUUCUCUUCAAUUGGUGCCAAGCGGCGGGAUACGUUUAACAUCUCAAACUAAGUGCCUUGAGACCGCAUAGUAAGAAAUCGUGAGGUAAAAUUUAAGGAAAAUGGCUACUAGACUACAAAAGAAAUUAGCAGGAGAGGCUAGUGAAUACCAAGGAGAUAGUUCGGACUCUGAGCAAACCCCUGAGACAAGGGAAACCCUUAAAUAUAAAAUUGAAUUGAGAAAAUUAGAAUUGGAGGAUAAGCAAAGAGAAAGAGAAAGGGAGGAUAAGCAAAGAGAAAUAGAAAGGGAGGAUAAGCAAAGAGAAAGGGAGGAUAAGCAAAGAGAGAGAGAAUGGGAGGAAAAACGAUGGGAACAAGAGAAGGAAUUGAAAAUAAUGCAGCUAGAGAAGGAUAAGGAAAUAGAACUGAGACGAUUGGAAUUGGAAAAAGAGAAAUUGGCACUGUCUCAACCACACAUUAUUAACCAAGAAGGGAAUGGUAGGACUGAAGCGUCUGAUCUACUUCUGAAGAGAUUCCCAAAGUUUAAUAAAGAUGAUGAUGUGGAAAAGUUUUUGAUUUCUUUUGAGAGGUGCUGCAGAGAUUUUGAAAUUGAUGAGGGAAAAUGGAUGCUUUAUUUAAGACCCCAAAUUUGUGGGAAAUUGUUAGAAAUAUAUGGUGAUGUACCUGAAGAGUCACACAGAGAUUAUAACUUCUUUAAAAAACAGGUACAACAGAAAUUGCAACUCACACCUGAAUUUUAUCGUUUAAAAUUCAGAUCCCUGAGGAAAGAAAAGGCCCAGAGCUUCUCAGAAGUAGCCUCAAAACAAGCCCAAUUAUUUGAUAGUUGGCUCAGAACCUCAGAAGUGGAAAAUUUUCAACAGCUGAGGGAAUUAAUUAAGUUGGAACAACUGUUUCAAUUAGUGCCCUCAGAUUAUCGGUGGUUAGUUCAAGACAGAAAGCCAUCAACUGCCAAUGAAGCGGCUUCAAUGACAGACCAAUUAAUCACUCUGAGGGAAGGAUUUAGGAAGGAUGAGGGAGUAAGUGAGAGAAGGCAGAAUAAACCGCCAUUUUACAAUUAUCAAACACACACACAAUACAAAAAGACGCCUGCCAUAGAAAACACCGCCUACAGGAGGCCUGAGGUAAUUAAUCAGACCAAACCUGAGGUAAAAGCAAGGUGCUAUCAGUGUGGGAAGUCUGAUCAUCUAAAAUACCAAUGUCCUCUUUUAAGAAGAGAUAAAACAUCCUUCUUUAUGAAUAAAGAGCCCAAAGAAAAUACUCUUAAUGGUGAUAUUAAGUUGCUAAGCAGUACUGAGACUGUCCCUAAGGAGAAACAAUGUUUAUUUAUUUUAUCCGAUGAUUUUUCUGAAGAUUAUUUUGAGCCUAUCACUAUUGUGAACCAACAAAAACAAGGUUGGAGGGAUACAGGAUCCCAGGUGUGUGUUAUCCACCCAAAAUCGGUACCUCAGAAAUAUCAAAAGCCCACCUCUGAGAUAAAUCUAAAGGGUUUGGGACCAGCUGUACCAGCUGAGGUAGUAUCUCUCCCAAUUGAAUACAAUGGAUGGAAAGGGAUCUGGGACUUUGCAAUUAGCUCAGAUAUCCCUCAUGAAUGUUUAAUCGGCAAUGACCUAGCUAGACAAGUUAAGAACUGGAAAAAGUUGUGUGAGGAGAAGGAAGAUUACAACAGAAGCCCUAUUCAGGAAGCAGUGUGCUUACCUAUUCAACCAGAAUCUGAACAGGGUCCAGAAUCCAGUUCCGCCAUUAUCGAAAUUGUUAGUAAAACAGGGGGAGUGCAAGAAAUUAAACAAGCUCAGGAGGAAGAUGAAUCCCUGAAGCCUUUGUUUAAGCAAGCUGAAAGUUUACUAGAAUCAGCAGGAGAACUACCCAAUAAAUUUGUCACAAAAGAUGGUGUGUUUUACAGAGAAAGCAAAAGUGUGGAAUCAGAAGAAAGGUCAGAAAUACAUAGUCAGAGUUUCACUGAAAUUGAAAGGCAAGCGCAGGUGGCUGAGAAACUGAAGGAGCAACAGGCUGCGGAGUACAAGAAGCAAGCAGAUGAAGCCUUAGUGGCCUCCAUGAGACUGACGUAUCAAGAGCUACACGUUGAUCGGAAAAAGGAGGAGAAAAAACUUCAAAACCUGGAAGGGAAGAAGUGGGAACAGGCAGAGCGGUUGGGCAUGGGCUUGGUGUCCAGGAGCUCUAUUUCUCACUCUGUCCUCUCUGAGAUGCAAGUGAUAGAACAAGAAACCCCAGUGGCUGCAAAGUCCACACGGUUCCAGCUAGAUCUCUUUGAAGACAUUGGAAGCUUCACAUCUGGACCACCAAAGUACAAAGAUAAUCCUUUUUCAUUAGGCGAUGCCUUCAGCUCACAGUGGGAGACAGACAACUCCUCGUGGGAAAUGGACAAAGGGGAAGAGGAGGCAGACAUUGCCAUCUCCAGCAUCCGGCCUAUUGGUGACAGACCCAUUAACAGAAGAGAGACAGAGAGCAAGAUAUCAGUAGUGGAGUCCAAUGAAGCUCAGCAGAAGUUUGCAGGGGCCAAAGUCAUCUCAUCUGAUAUGUUCUUUGGACGGGAAGCUGAUACAGUUCCAGUGGCUGAAUAUUUGACCGAUCUUCAGUCAACAAUGAGAGUGACAAGAGACAUCGCACAAGAACAUCUAGCUGUAGCCCAGCAGAGACAGAAGAGCUACUAUGACGUGUCAGCCAAACCAAGAAGCAAGCGGAGGUUAUUUUUCGAUGGAGAGAGUGGUAAAGACCCUGACGUGAUGGGGAUUGGUAGUUUUAACUAUCAGCAGUUUACUUUCAAGAUUCUACAAAAAUGUUUGGACAAUGUUUCGCAGGACUUCUUAAAUGACUCUUGGAAGUUUCGCAAAAAAACAUUUUGGGACAGAGAGAGUUCAUUGUGUUGCUGGGAAGGACGAGUGUAAUUAUCCCCAACAACAUGUUAACCUCUGGAAUGCUCCGCAGAAGGAAACAUCGAUGAACUGUGCCAGGUGGCAUGAAGAAGAUCCCUAUGAAAUGUACUGAGUAUCGGAAGAUGUUUAGUCCAGUGUAUAAAUAAAGACUUGGGGAAUAACCCUGAAUGAAAAUUAAACUGUUACAAAUAUGAUUUAUGGAAAAUGUAUUUUUAAAAUGUCUUUUGAUUUGAGGUUGUGAAUCUUAACAAUGGGAAAGAUGACCAAUACGUUUAUGGUUUGUAUGUUGAAUGGUGACAAUGCCAUGACUGUAUGGUAAGAUAUGGACAUGUUAUGUGUAUAUGCAACAGUGAAGGUUUGUAUUUUAUGAUUUAUGUAUUGUAUCUAACUUUGUGUUUUAUUUCAGGAAUACUGUUGUGUAUGUAUAUAUGUAUUUAUUAAUUAUUUUUGCCCAUUCUAGGCAUAGAAAAGGCAAAAAUAAUCUUUCUUAGGGGGGAGGUGUAAGGAUGUUAUGAGUUAAUGGGAAUUAUUGAUAUGAUUUUAUUUGUUUAUUAAAAGGAAAAAGGGGAGUUAUGUAUUGAUGAAGACAGGUCUCACAUGGAAGCCAGCUGUGUUCAGCGGGUUGCCAUGGCAACGUAACCUCUCUCUGGAGGAAAAAGGGGGCGUGGCUAAGAUGACAGUUGGAGCAUUUUCCCUUUUAAAAGUUCAGUUGCUGUGAGGGUUUUAAAAGGAGUGGCUGUUAGGGGUUUGAGAAGAAGAGUUGCGGUUAGGUUUUGGAAAGAUUAGGAGCUGGGGAAAUCAGCUAAGGACGGCAGCUUAUGGUCACUCAGGGGAAAGGCUGGGAAUAUAAGCUGACCAGGGGAGUUUAGUAUACUGUGUUGAAGAGAAGUUAUUUAAGAAAUAUCCAUUCAAGAAAGACUACAUUGUAACUUAAGAUCCGGAACGUUUACUGAUUGAAACCAUACGCUUAUGUACCAAAAAUAAACUUGAAUUUUGUUAUUGUUCAUAAAGAUAAGUCUCCUUGCCUCUCUGUAAGCCUGUUACCUCACGUUGGUGGCAGUUACCGUACCUAUCUAUAUAAGUUACCGUACUUUCCUAUAUAAGUUACCAUCUUUACUCAUUUAAACCCAAUCAGUUCCGUUAUCCUUCCUUAUCCACUAAAUCAUCCCUGUCAUACAUUCACACAUCCUCCAUCCCUCCCUCUCACACGUGCACACAUCUCCUGAAUUGGAGGCAGCAGUGGGAUUUAAAGACAAAGAUUUCCCCUGCCUGAGUUGAGUACCACAAAUUGGGCUCUCUUCAAUUGGGGGCAGCGGUGGGAUCAAAAGGAUUCCAUCCCUGUCA